UAGAGAGGCUCUCGCGCGCCACACCUGGACGCCUCCGACCAGUCCUGAUCCUGUGUUGGCUCUUGUUGGGCUGGCUUACGGCUCGUGUGCACUCGCUUCAUGUUGGCAGCAUGCGGAAUGUCUCUAUGUUGCUCGCUCCCCGUACACGUCGCUGCGGCCCGCGCUGCCACCGUCUGCUCACUGUGUCUUGACGCUCGUUCCCGGUCUUGAUUUACGACGCGUGAUGCCCGAAUGAUAAGGGGGCGUUCCUGUGCUAUAGUGUUCCUAAAGGCAUGCCCGUCGUGUUCCAGGUGCGAGAGCAGCGGCCGCGCCGACCUGAGAUGCGGUCCGAGUUUGUGAAAAUGAAAGAGCUCGUCACGACCGCCACGACGACCGCCGCAAAGUGACGCCUGAAGUGUGUUUGGCACAAGGAGAGACCGAGACGGUGCCGGGGAGCCUGGAGGCCUGUCGUGCGCCUCGCCCGACACCCCCGACAGGAGAAGCUGGACAAUGAGGCGCGCUGCUGUGUGGCCUCACAGUGGUGUUCGGAGGCCUCAUCAUGGCAAGCGCUGAGGACGCGAGGCCGCGGAAUGUGAGGCAGUGGGAGUCAUGAGGUGGCGGGAGGCUGGCCCCGUGGUGGUGGUGGCUGUGCUGCAAGUGGUGGUGGUGGUGGUGCUGCCCUCCCUGCUGCAACCUGCACACGCCGCAUGGUGGUUUGUGUCCCAGCUGAGUGCGUCGUACACGUCGACGAGGAUCCACUGUGAAAACAUCCCCGGGCUUGUGCGGCGCCAGCGAGUGCUAUGUGAGCGGCACCCCGACGCCAUGCUCGCCGUGACCGAGGGUGCCACGAUGGGAGUCCAACAUUGUCAGAAGCAGUUCCAGGAUUCCCGUUGGAAUUGCUCCACCAUUCCUCGAGAUGCGUCUGUGUUCGGCAGACACGUUCUGCGAAGUACGAGGGAAUCUGCCUUUGUCUACGCCAUCAACAGUGCGGGUGUUGUGCAAGCGAUCACGCGAGCCUGUAGUCGUGGCGCCAUCAUGAACUGUGCCUGUGACAUCACCAAGAAGGGCAGCCACAGGGACCGCAUGGGUCAGUUCACGUGGGGCGGCUGUUCAGACAACAUCCGCCACGGCACUGCCUUUGCUCGACGCUUCAUCGACGCCCAUGAGAGGCGGCAGCGAGACGCCCGCGCCCUCAUGAACUUGCACAACAAUCGGGCGGGACGUAAGGCCGUCAGGAAACAAAUGCGACUCGAAUGCAAGUGUCACGGCGUCUCGGGGGCGUGCACCGUCCGCACUUGCUGGCAGACCGUGGCGUCGUUCGGAGCCACGGCGCGAUGGCUCAAGAGGAAGUACGACGGAGCCACCGAGGUCAGCAUGAGGCCCGACGGCGCUGGUCUCAUCCCGCGCCACGGAGACCACAAGGCACCGAGGAAGACCGAUCUGGUGUACCUGGAGCCCUCGCCGGACUACUGCGGGGAGGACUCGUCGUCAGGAUUCGCAGGCACGGGCGGCCGUCAGUGCAACCGCACUUCCCAGGGCACGGACGGGUGCGACCUGCUGUGUUGCGGCCGAGGAUACGACACCCAGCGGAGACUGAUCACCUCGAAGUGCGAGUGCAAGUUCCAGUGGUGCUGCUUCGUGGCCUGCAAGACCUGCGAGACGUGGCGGGACCUGCACUUCUGCAAGCCCAAGCAGGACCCGCUGCCCCUCCACUGACAUGCGAUGAUCCUGCUCCUUUUUUCCCCUCCGUGAGAGCAGUUGUUACCGUGUCAGAAGUGAUAACACGAGAAGUGAAAUGUAGUGAUUAGUGACCACGCGGCAGAGUCCAGACCGGAGGUAAACAUGACAGAGGGGUUGCCACGUGGCUCCAGGCGGGUCCUGGACGCGACCUCUGACUCGCCAUCGUGGAAGACGCUCUCGACACGUGACCAGCGCGAAGAGGCGGUCACUCGGCGUACCAAGUGCUCCUUUCAUAACACCUGUGCUACAACAUGUGUGCUUCGUAUGUUCUUGAACACUAAGGCUCCCCACAGCACUUAAUGAACCCAGAAGUCUCGCAUGUUCUUACAGACGUAAAUCAAUGAAAUAGCUUGAGUUAUAGUGACAGCCCCUCUCAGUAGAUGCGCCCAGCGAGAAUUGACUGAGGUUAUAAAUUCACAUGCACAAACUGGACAAUGAGAGGACCUGCAUGGGGUGUUGUGGCGAGGUGUGGCGCUGGUGACUAGGCUGAGUGGGUGAAGUAAUUACAAAGCUCAGGUAGUAAGGUAUGACGCAGCUGCCCUCAGGCGCUGCAUCUCGCACAAUAUACAAGAAAAUCUGCAGCCGCGUCUGUUUGUGCGUGGAUUGGUUUGUGUUACGUGUGGGUGUGCGUGAGUGUUUGUGUGUGGAUUUUUUUGUGAACAUGCCCAUUUUUGGGUAUGUGUAUGCAUGUGUGUGUAUACCACUGCGUAUGUGCGCACGUGUUUUUUUGUGAACACGCUUCGCUACACAUAUCGCUAUACACGGAUACACACAGACGUAUAGAACUGCGAUGUCUGGAAAUACCACGCUGUCAACACCACCGCGUGCACACAGCGGUGGAACCGUCGCUCGCCGGAACAUACCCGGUGUAGACUACUGCGAUACGUAAACCUAGUGAGAUUAUGUAGUUGGUAAACCCCGAAUAUUAGGCAUAUGUUUUUUCUUCAAUUAAGCUUGCAUGUGGAUGUGAUCCCUAACUGGAAAACCUGCUUCAGGCAUCUUGGCAUGCUGGCCAUGACCUGGGGGGAUCUGGCGGCUCGUCGCAGUUGUGUUAUGGAAGACUUAGGUGUAAAUGAUGUGUUUAAAGUAUGUAAAUAAAUGUGUUUACAGGCUGUCACUUGGUAGAGAAGUGCGUUGGCUUAAAUAUUCGCUCCCAGUGUAGACGUAGUGUAGUUGGAGAACACCUGUUAUUCAGAAAAAAAAAAUGUAGUACUUACAGUGAAUUGAUAUGUUAAUGUUGGCAGUCAUGAUGCAAACAAUUUUCUUACCAAUACUUUCAAACAGUGAACAGGACAGAAUCUUCACAAUUUUUCUUCGAAACUCAGACAUCAGUCUGACUGUUUUAACAAGCACACGAAAAAAAAAAAAAAAAAAAAAACAAUCUGAAUAUUAAAAUGUUAUGAAUAUCCACUUCCCAGUUCAUCUACGAAAACUGAUGGCUAACGUAUGUCCUCAUAUUUCUGCAAGAAUUUUUUUUUUCUUUUUGUGUCGACGGCCAUUGAGGAUGAUGGUAAAUCUCCAGGAGUACCUUUUAUCAACUGUAUUGUAUCAUUUGUACCUGUACCUAUGUAUACAUAAAUAUGUAAAUCAUGUAGAGUAUAUUUUAAGGGUUGGAGCAGGUAAUAUCAUAAUAGAUUAAAUCAGGCACGGAAGCUGUGUGUAUUGAAAAAAAAAAUACCCACAAUUGGCUGUUUCAUAUUCAUGAGGCUUAGUUUAACAAUGCAAUGCAAGUAAGUUGAAAUAGUGUUGUGAAGUUAAAAAAAAGAAAAAAAACAGCAAUAAUAGUAAAAGAAAAAACGAUGCGGUCUAAGUAAUUUUCUUUUCUCUCGCUCUGUGCAUUAUAUCACGAUUCUAAUACAGGCAAAUGCACUGGGCGUCCCGGAUUCAGCCAUCAAUUUCCCGGGACUUUCCUAGCGUAAUGUAUAUCCUUAUAAAUAAUUUGCAAACAAAAACAGCCACCAAAUAGAAUAUAUAGCCUUCUCGCUGCCCACGCUAGCACUGCAUACAAAAGGUUCCCGGUUAGCGCACUCGAGCAAAAACUGACCGAGUUACUUCCCCAGACCGACGCAUAUUAAUGACAAAUCAGCUGGUGGAUCGAAAUCUCUCUGUUAACAUAAGAUGCCGUGCGAUUUGUCAAGGGGAUGAAUAUUUAUGUUAGUACAUCAGCCAUUAUUUCGCUUGUGUCAUGCCAAGGGAGCGGAGGUUAGCCUAGGAAAAAAUAUAUAUAUAUUUGUCGGCUCUUUUUUACUAUAUAAUCCUCGUUCAGUUACACGUUGGUGAGAACUGGUAACGAUUCGAAAUAUCAUGACCAAAUUAUACAUAUGCAAUUGCAUUUGCAUCAAGUUUGUACAUCUUAAAUGAAAGCAAACUGCUCAUACUUCUAUUCAAACCGUUAGAAUCACUUGGAGUACUUUGUUCAUCAUUUUUAUUACUUUUUUGUGAGUGACAGCGAUAGCCUGAUGCUGGACGAUAGCAUAUCACAAAACUCCGCCUCCUCUCACGUGUAGCUGUCAGAUAGGAAUGCGCUGAAAUCUGUUAUUAUAUCUAAUUUGUCUUGUUUAUACGGCGAUAUUAUCUGGUCAUGAUGUCGACUCGAGCGUGCGUAACCUCUCUCCUCCCCCUCUCUUCUCUUCUUAUCUCUCUCUGUCUCUUUCUCUUUCUAUCCAUCUUCCCUUUUGUCUUGCGUACUGUAACGUCCCUUCUCUUUCUCUUCAGUUCAUUCUCUUUCUUUUCCAUCAUUCUCCCUCUCCAUU